AUGUCUACCGACGUCUGGAUGUACAACCCCUCGCUCGCGCUCGCCAUCCUCGGCAGCGUGGUGUACGGGGUCAUCUUCAUCGCCAUCACCUACCUGACGUGGGUGCGCUACCGCUCGUGGUACUUUUCCGUCGUGGUCGUUGGCGCCGCCAUCGAGGUGGCCGGCUACAUCCUGCGCGCCUACUCGGCGAGCCACCGCUCCGAGCUGCCCCCGUUUGUCAUGACGCUCACGUUUACGGUUCUCGCGCCUGUCCUGAUCGCGGCCGGCAACUACCUGCUCAUCAGCCGCCUCAUCCGCGCCGUCCUCCCUCCUGCGCGCCACCGCGUGCUCGGCGUGCCGGGCCGGCGACUCACGCCCAUCUUCGUUGCGUGCGACGUGGUCGCCUUCCUCGUCCAGGGCAACGGGUCCGGCAUUGCCAGCAGCGACAACUGGACGGGGUCGACGGAACGCAUCGGCCGGUACGUGCUCAUCGGCGGGCUCGCGUUCCAGCUCGUCUCCUUUGGCCUCUUCCUCUGCGUGUUCCGCCGCUUCCACGUGCUGGCCAACCGGGAGACGGUGCCGGACGCGCCGCAAGGGUGGAGGCACGUCGUGCGCGCCGUCUAUGUGUCGAGCGCUCUCAUCAUGAUCCGGACCAUCUACCGCGUGUGCGAGUUCGCCGAGGGCAUGAACGGCUACGCCUUCCGGACCGAGUGGCUGUUCUGGGUCUUUGAGGCGCUGCCCAUGGUCGGGGCCAUCGGCGUCUUCUGCAUCUGGCACCCGAGCCGGUACCUGGGCAAGGACGGCGCGGCUCCCAAGAAGGUGGCGUCGGACGAGGAGGUUGAGCUGACGGGCCGGCGCUGGUUUCGUCGUUCUUAA